CUCGCGCGGCCGACAUUCGCCGGCUAUACUCCGCUCACAGUGCGUGUCUCGCUUGCGUUCAAACAGUUGUACGACAUUCCUCGCGUGCAGUGAAACUUCACGAAAAAUAUUUUAUUGCAAAAACAAAUGGGCAUCGAUAGUGAAACCUAAACUUGUGAUGAUGCACGGUGUUCUGUGAUAGUUUGUUGUCACCUGACAGUAAGUAAGUGAAGUUUACAUUCCGAGUUUCGCUCAGAUCGGGAAAGGACAAGUGACAGUUGGCUGUGUUUUGUGCGAGGUUUUCUCCAGGGAUUUUCUUGUCGCCAGCCGGAGGCCGCUCAGUGCACCGGCCCCGACAUGGAGGUAUACUUCGACAACGACCUGAAGGACGUCUGGGAGGCGGACAUCGACCCGGACAUGCAAGAGGUUCUAGAUGAAGACACAGAAAUGAACGACUGGUUGAUCAGAGACUCUAAAUCGGGUGUGGUGUUGCACGACAGACUGAUGACAGACGCUGCGCUGGGCGCGGCACCAAUAAAGACAGAACACUCCUACAGUUUGCAUUCAGACGUCGAGUCCGCGCCAAGUUCACCACACCAUACCAAAGUUGACGAUAUGGAAGACGAAUGUUACCCAGCAAUGCCAGCGAGCGCGUGGAGUAAUCGAAGGCGAUCCAGCGAUUCCCCCCCACGGGAAGUGAAGAGGGAACCCAAAUCGGAACCCGAGUCUCCAGCGUCCUCCUGUCCACCGUCACCGACGCCCGGCACACCUGUUACACAUCUCGACUAUGUCAUUGACCACACGACGGGAACUAUCCACAUGCCACAAGCGGUGCUCCAAAAAGUGGGUGCGGCAGGGGUACCACAGUUGCUGCUCAGCGCCGCGCCGCGACUAGCCAACUCACUCAGCUCCAACAAGCUCUCCAUUAAAGUCACAUCCAGUUCGAGUGGUUCAGGGUUCAACUUGCCCCCAACGCCGCCGUCGUCUCUAUCGUCAUCAGACAGCGAGGGUGCAUUGUCGCCGGCGCACGAGACGGGAGGUGUAGGGGUGGCGGGUGGUACGGGGGGUGGGGGAGCGGGCACUACAGGAACCUCCGGACGCCGUCCCCACCUAUACAUGUCCCACCAUUCUAGACAACCCAUCAAUACGCCACUUAUUAGUAGUCAACCGAAAGGUUCUACUGGCACGCUGGUUCUAACAGAAGAAGAAAAACGAACAUUAUUGGCUGAGGGAUAUCCAGUUCCAACUCGUCUACCUCUCACUAAAGCUGAAGAAAAAUCGCUCAAGAAAAUAAGGAGGAAAAUAAAAAAUAAGAUAUCAGCACAGGAAAGCAGACGCAAGAAGAAGGAAUACAUGGACCAACUCGAGAGGAAAGUCGAGAUCUUAGUAUCAGAAAACACGGACUACCGAAAACGGGUGGACUCCCUGGAACAAAAGAACGCCAGCCUGUUGAGCCAGCUGGCGGCCCUGCAGGCGCUGGUGACGCGCAGCGCCCGCAAGUGACGUCUCACGGCAGGCCCAAGUGACGUCACACCGCGCCGCACCCGCUCGCGUUCCGUCCGUUAUGGUGACGUCACCGUCGGCGGCGGCGCUUUAUACUGAGGCUGUGAGGAAACGUAAACGGCGAGAUUCUCACAGUUCGAUAGUUGGUCGUAAUAUAAAUUGCCCCGUUUCGGAGUACCUAUAUUUUUACCGAUGUAUAUUUUGGAUGUAUUUACAUUAAUGAAACGAACCGGCGGUACCCAAUGGGGUGGACUGUUAACGUUUGAAUGGUUGCUCACUAUAUUAGUAGGUAAUAGGUUUGCUGUGGUGCUGGAUCCGUUAUACCUGCGUUCCGAUUAUAGGUAUACCAACUGUCAAGUGCCACACUAGAUAUUUAUUUUAACAGCUCUUCAAUUUCGUCUGACGUGCGUGUGAGAGGCGCUGACUCGAUCACAGGGUUAAUACUGGGCUCUAAGAUAAGGUCGAUAGUUACGUAUGCGUUAAUUGAAAUCUCGUAAUAUAUUCUUAUAAUGCUCUAGAAGCGUUACAUAAUUUAAGCUCUAAUUUGUGCGUGUUUUUAUUAAAAUAUGCAAUUAGGUUAAGGAUUUAUAAAUUGUUACCCAAAGCAUACAAUAUUCUGAUAUGUCACUAUGCUGCGCCAACGUUUUCGCAGGACGUAUUUAUACCACAUAAUUAUGGGUUGUAGACAUGUAUUCGACAGAAUAAUUGUCACGUUGUUGGCCUAAUAAAUUUUAAUGUUUUGCGUCACGUAUAUUUAUAGUAAAUUGAAACGAGUGCAUUGCAAAGUUUGUUUUUCAAGUUAGGAGUUGAGAAUACACCGAAAUCAUAUCAAUCAAUUUCAAUAUUAUAUGUCUAACUCCAAUACGACGGCUAAUCUAUGUUGCGCAGAUUUCUAAACAUUACCCUGUAAUGUUUUAUGAAAUCGGAUCGGUUUCUCAUAUAUGCAAUUUUUAAGUAAACUAAUUAAAUUAUUUCUAUGUGAAGUCUCAAUAUUUUCUUUAACAUCUCUAUACGAAUUUACAAAACAUUAGGUUGUCGUGUCGCGUGUGCUUAUAUAGGGAAUCUUGUAGCAUAAUAAUGUAAGGUGAACGGUGUAUAUACCUAUGUCGCCUUACCGAGUAAUAUUGAAUUCCAUGAAUUUGCAUUUAUAGCGAAACGUAUAUCACCCUAGAGAUUUUAUCUUGUAUUUAAGAUAAUGUUAGAUGUAUGUAUCUAAUAGAGAAUUUAUAGAGGCUUUAAGAGAAAUGACCGCAGUCUUCGAAAGUUGCGACCCAAUGCGUGAUAUUGAAUACGUACCACUAUUUGAUUUAAGAACAAACUUUCCUAAAAUAAAACGAAAACAGCGACUUCAAUCAUGACAAAUUAAUAUAGGACCAAAAUGGGAGUAAAUAAAAAAAAUCAAAAAGAAAUAUUAAAAUCAGUUCAAAAUUAUCGAAAAAUCGCCUAACAUAGUAAAAUACAGGCGAAUUGAGAACCUUAAGAUUGAACGUUUUUAAGUCAUUUCAAAAUUUAAAUCUUCAUGACUACGGAUAUACCCGAUUAAUAUUUUUGCACCAUUUUAUUUUUUAACUGACUUGAAAUAUGGAUUCUCAUUUCAACUAUACGUAUAGUUUUAUAUCUGAAGUUAAGGAUAUAUUCGCCAAUACUGAAUAUAAGUUCAAAAAUUUUUUUAAUUAGCAGUUUGUUUUAAGACCAACUUAUUUUAUUAAGUUUGAAAAGUGUUUAUUUAAUAAUUAAAAUCAACGUUUAACUGCCUCUAUUUCGAGGAUUGCAGUGAUUUCCCUAAAGACCUGUAUAUAUACCGAUUUGUAUGACAAGUUUAUUACGUCGGUUAUGUCUAGUCUCUCGUAGAACCGUAAAUGGGUCUCGUUAUGGAGACCCGCUGAUAGGAACAUUAGCUGUAUUCACUCUCAGUUUAUGCUACGCUUUGAAAUCGACAAGUACAAAAACGGCCUGCCUUCAACGGAUAAUAUAUAACGUAACCUCAGUAACAUGGCGAUGCGUGCAAAGAGGGCUGAAAAGACGUUCCUUUUUAGUCAUUUUAAGACAUUAAAGUGACUGAGAAAUGACGUCCUUUUUAGGUCAUAGACGUAAUCGUGUUAUCUGAGAACUGAUAUUAUGAAUACACAAUAACAAUAAUAUAAUCGUUUAAUUAACCCUCUACUUACUAUCAAAAGUAUUUUCAUAUUCUAACAUAAUACAAAUGUCUGUUAAACUUAACGUCUUGGAAUCUCUACAGAUAUACUCUCCACAGUGUAAUGCUGAUGUGGAUGACAACCGCACCAUGCGUUAACGCAUGGAGUAUAGGAAAAUAUUAAAUUAUAUAAAUUUUAUAAUCUAAGAACAAAUGUAUUCCGGGGUACCACGAAUAAGGCCUGCGCAGUCUACGGACAAUAUUUGAUUGUCAUAACAUAUUAAAUGGCACGCUACAAAGUACGUGGCUAACACAAAGGGGCAUUUUGUCUUCCGUGAACACUACGUCCCUCGUCUGCAGGCCCUUAGGAACAGUGCUAAGUACCCACUUUAGUGUCAUGUCAGGCAUCACAACCAGGAAAGAAUGUUCAGAUCUUUGGAUAGCCAAAGAAAAAAAAAACUCAAUUGUUUGAGUGCUACUUAAAAAUAUAUAAAUAGACGGACAUCGAUUAAAUUUCCAACGUCAAAUCUUGAAUAUCGAAUCAUCAGUCGAUCCAUUUGUUUAGUGAAUUUCAUACAUGAUAAAAUGAACAGAGGAAGCGACUGAAAAUAAGUGGUAAUAAACACGAUUUUAUAAAAAAUAGUGUGAAAAACCAUCAAUAGAUUUCCAAAGACAAUAUCUGACAUAAGAAUAUAAUGAAGGCAUAAAACUAAAGUGGCUAUGCUUUAUUAUUUUGAAUCAUUUUCGAGCACUAAAUCAAAUUUUAAAGUAUAUUACAAUAGUGAUAAAGUAGAAAUGGAACCCUGGUCUUGCCAAUAAAUUAUUUCAGAAUUUUGCAAAUGUCAAACGCAGCAGCAUUUUAGCUGCGUUUGUAUUUUAUACGCUACAUUCUUUUAAUACUAAACAUUCCAUUAAUUAACUAUCAAUGUGAGUGACUUAAAGUAAGCUCGAGUACUUAUUACACUAAUCAUAUUAAAUAUAUAAUAUACAAACUUAGGUAACAACAAAUACCUAUAUAAAAACUAUUUCGUCGUAAAUUAUAGACACAUAAAUCGUUUAUAUAUUUUCGUGCGAGUAUCUGCUGUCUACUAAAAAUAUAUAUACUACUAUUUCGCACGCAAAAUAAAAAGUAUGAACUGUUAAAUAUUUUCGAUAGCAUAAUUUAUAUGUUUAGCCAAGUUGUUUGUUACUAUUAGUUUAUAUUGUAACAUUCGUGAGAAUAAUACAAAAAAUAUAUUGCAGUGUAAAUUAACCGAUACAAUUAUUCAGCGUAAUAUUUUAAUAUUUUAUUUUUAAAUCUCUUUCCCGCUACAAAAUAUGCGUGUCUAGUUAUGGUCAUCGGUUAAAUUACAUUGUAAACGGACAUUACAUCUUAUUGAUACAUUGAAUAUGUGUGCAAUUACUAUGUUCUCUUUUACAUUUUAAAAAGUUCUUCCUAUUUAUAGUUAUAAGGAAAUGUUCUAUUUAUAUCGCGCAUAUUAAUAUAUGGUCAUAUAUCGCCCGACUUGUCACGGGUCAAAUAUACAAGAAUUGAAAUAUAUUUUAAGAGAUUUUUUCUAAUAAAAUUUUAGACAUAUACAUAAAUAUCUAUUUAAAAGUGUUUACAUGUCUUUUCGCUAUACAAGUUAAGUAUCUAGUUUAGUACAUAUAUACAAGUUUAUUAUUGAAAUUGCAAUGUGUGCCUGCCUAUCAGCUGUUUUACCAAUAUGAAUAAGUGUCGAUAAUAGAAUAGUGAAUAACGAUAUCGAAAAAUAUCCUGAGACGUAUAAAAAGUUUAUAUAUUUAAAAAAAAAAGUAAAGUAUUUAACGUGUGUAAUAUAUAAUUCCUAAUAUGGCAUUUACCGUCUACAAAGAGUGAAUAAAUUGAGAUCGACGUAUAUAAAUUAACUGAUUGUAGGAAUAUUUUAAUUUAUGAAAUUAGUGUGGGGAUGAGUUUUGUGCGCAUAGCAUGCGAGCAGUGAGGUCGCGGAUUGGGCGUAAUGCCAAUCUCACCUAAGCGUGUUAGUUGGCGAACACUGCACAUACUGGGGACAGAAGUUAAUGGAUCAUUCGAUAUUUGAAUUCGCAUGAUUUUUUUUUAUUAUUCAACAUAAUUUACAACUCUCUGUUUUCUGUCACAUAUAGAUAAAUUGUUGUAAGUACAUAUUUUCAUUUAUAAAACAAUAAACAUGUUAUAUACAUGUGACUUCAUGUGACUUGUUUUAAACAUGUUUUUAUUCUUUUCGACUCAUACCAAAUCGAUAUAUAGACAAACAAAAAUUUAUUUUUAGUAUGCGUACUUAAAGUACUUACCUAUACUUAUUUGAACGACGCAAAAUUGAUACAACGAGUAAUAUUGUUUUUAACAUGUAUACAUGUUGUAUAAAAUACUUUAAAUUGAGAUAAAGCAUGGAAUAUCGAAUCGUUCAUAGACACAAAAUAACGAUGAUAAUCUCGAAUGAGCCAUAAACACGCCGUCUUAUGUCCGUGUAACUUUGUUAUUCAUUUAAAGUGUAAUUUUAUUGAUAGUUUUAUUUGUUAAAACUAUUCGCUGUUACCUUGAGUCAUGAUUUGUUGAAUCGUUUGUUUUAUUAUUAUUUUCCAAUGACAUUACGGAUUUUACUGUCAACCUUGCUAAUAAAGUGUCAAAUAUUGUAA